AUGGAUUACGAAGUUUCUAAUAGCAGGCACAUGAUCAACCCUUAUACCGGCCAUCUAGGACCUGGUCUUUUGAAUUAUCCACAACACUUCGCGUUUUCCCAGUCCCCCGCUUUUAGUGAUGUUUCCAUUCCUUUGGAUGAUUUGUGUCGUUCCCAAUCAGCACCUCCGUGCCUGGCGCAAGGAGAUAAUCUUUUCAACUCCCCCCUUUCCAUCCCUCAGUUAUUUUCUAAUUGCGACGUAUUCUCAUUGGCUUCUUCGACACACAGUGGCGUCCAUUCUUCAUCAAAGGAACAUAUUCCUCGCCCACCGAACGCAUUCAUGCUCUACCGUUCACAUAUGCUCAAGACCCGGGGUAAUGCUGACCCUGAGAAGCGUCAGCAGAAUCUCAGCCGCAUAGCAGGGCAGCUUUGGAGAGCUAUGAGCAAAGAAGACAGAGCCGUGUGGCAUACGAAGGCAGCGGAAGUCCAAGCUGCUCAUUAUGCGAAGUAUCCUGGCUACAAAUUCAAGCCCAACCGCAAGAGUGCUAAGUCGGCCAAGAAUUUUCAAAACGGCGCUUACUACCCGAAGCCUACUGAACAGCUCUGUGCGGAGUCAUCCAUAGGCCCAGUGAGACGCGUUCGUUCGUCCAGGGUCCACCCUCAGGGCGUUACGCGUGAUGAUCUCCUCGGUGCGUUAAAAAAGCAGUUUCCAUCAGCUUUCUCGUCCCCUGCUGGGCUCUCCCCUCUGCAUUUUCCACCUAUCCUUCCAAACUUUGUUGUACCAGAGAGAACGCAUGGUAGCGAACAGCCGAACGCCACGCUGUCCCUUCCUCAGUCUCAGUGCACGAAUGCGCUUGGUUUGGAAUUGAGCUCAUCACAGCCUACUACGCCAAGAUCAGGACUCGCUGAAAUGCUCUCUGGUUUAGAUCUUGACGCCACGCCAACUGCAACAACUUUCGAACGGAACCGUGACAUACCCCAGCCCGAUGUUUCUAUGUCCCAAGAUGACGUAUUUCUUGGAAUGGAGCAACUGCGUCUUCCACACAAUUCAAUGGAUUAUGACGUUAACCGUCUGUCUCCACUACUUCAUGGAUCGAUGGAUGGAUAUCAGCCGUCAGGCCAAUCCUUUUCGUGCUCGGACGCUUUCAGUGGGGCUCCAUCGUACACCUCUGAUUCAAUGUUGUCUGACUUUAGGUGUGCUCUCUCAAUGCCACUCGAUCAUGAAAGUGAAGAAUGGAACAACAACUCGUGGAUGCUUGACAUGGAUAAGAAUUUAAAUAUUUAG